AUGACAAACACCAUAUAUGACAGUAACACCACAGAUGAUGGCACUAGCACAUAUGACAGUAACACCACAGAUGUUGGUACCAGCACAGAUGACAGAAACACCAUAUAUGACAGUAACACCACAGAUGUUGGUACCAGCACAGAUGACAGAAACACUAUAUAUGACAGUAACACCACAGAUGAUGAUGAUGGUACCAGCACAGAUGACAAAAACACCAUAUAUGACAGUAACACCACAGAUGAUGCUACCAGCACAGAUGACAGAAACACCAUAUAUGACAGUAACACCACAGAUGAUGGCACUAGCACAUAUGACAGUAACACCACAGAUGUUGGUACCAGCACAGAUGACAGAAACACCAUAUAUGAUAGUAACACCACAGAUGUUGGUACCAGCACAGAUGACAGAAACACCAUAUAUGACAGUAACACCACAGAUGUUGGUACCAGCACAGAUGACAGAAACACCAUAUAUGACAGUAACACCACAGAUGUUGGUACCAGCACAGAUGACAGAAACACCAUAUAUGACAGUAACACCACAGAUGAUGGUACAGCACAGAUGACAGAAAAUAUAUAUGACAGUAACACCACAGAUGAUGGUACCAGCACAGAUGACAAAAACACCAUAUAUGACAGUAACACUACAGAUGAUGGUACCAGCACAGAUGACAGAAAUACCAUAUAUGACAGUAACACCACAGAUGAUGGUACCAGCACAGAUGACAAAAACACCAUAUAUGACAGUAACACUACAGAUGAUGGUACCAGCACAGCUGACAGUAACACCACAGAUGACGGUACCAGCACAGCUGACAGUAACACCACAGAUGACGGUACCAGCACAGCUGACAGUAACACCACAGAUGACGGUACCAGCACAGCUGACAGUAACACCACAGAUGACAGUACCAGCACAGCUGACAGUAACACCACAGAUGACAGUAACACUAGAAAUAACAGACGCCAUUUAGCCCGAGACUGA